AUGGUUCGAGAAAUAGCACGAUUGAAAGGCGAUGUGGCAAAGUUUGUUCCUCAAUGCGUUGUUGAAGCCUUCCAUCGUAAACAUCAACAAGAAUGUGUCGGGCAUUUUGAUCAGCCACAGUGUGCGCUUUUCUGUCCAGUCGACUGUAUUCCGCUCGAUCCGAACCAUGUAGAGAGCCAAGACGACUUGAUGGAAAAGAUACGCCCCGAAGUGAGCCAGACGAUCGCUGCUGUGGAGAUCUCCGUGAUUGAAGCAGGGGAGGAAAGUCCGGGCUUCAUAGGGCAAGGUGCCAGGUAA